CAGAAGUGUUCUGUACUUUGGCCCUGGAGAGGUCCACAUAAGUGAUUUUGGAAUCAGCCGUGAAGUAUAUUAUUUCGGUCAAUGAAUCCCUGAUAUGAUGUCCGUUCGGAUGCAUCGAGAAGUUUUGACGUUUUGUGUCCUUGGUGUCGUUGGCUGCAGUCAGAUGGGAAAGACCGGAAGAAGAAAGGCCCUCGGAUGGGGAAGAAGAGCAAAGCGGCGCUGCUGGUGAGCAAGUCCUGCUACAAGGCCGCUUUCAAAAUGCUCUGGUCCGCUAAAGGCGCCCGCAAGCCCAUGAUGGAGUUCUGGAGCAAACAGCUGAAAGAGGAGAUGAAGGUGCUGGCGCGGCAGACGGACAAUCCCUUCCAUCAGAAAGUGUCGAACAGAAAGCCGCUGUCGUCGUUCCCCUGGCGGCGCUGCCUGAGCUGGGCCCAGGACAAAGCUCCACUCGUCACCACCUGCCUCACCUCGCUGUUCCCCGACAUCAACGCUCUUUCCAAGAGCAGCCACAGCCAGAUGUCGGAGGACCAGGCCCAGACGCUGCUGAUGCGCCGGGCCGUGGUGGCGCUCUCCAUCCCGCUCUUCACCAGGAACAUCUGGAAGAACAACUUCCUGCAGGCCGCUCUGGGGGCGGAGCUCCGCCAGCAGGGCUGCUCCGGCUCUGCUCUGGACGCCCUCAACACCAUGGGACUGUGUCAGAACAAAGACACCGUCCGGUUACUGCUGCAGAGGCUCCGAAACGGCAAGAAGACUCAAACACUGAACGGACGACAGAGGAUGAAGAUUAAACUGGAGGAUAUGACAGAAAUGGAUGCAGGGGCUAUCGAGGAGGAGGAGGAGGAAGAAGAAGAUGAGGAGGAAGCAGCAGCAGCAGCAGCAGAAGAAGAAGAAGAAGACGACGACGACGAGGAGGAGGAGGAGGAGGAGGAGGAAGAAGAAGAAGAAGAAGAAGAAGUAGAUGAAAUGGAGAUGGCGGUGGAGGAGUUAGAAGUGGAACAGGAAGAAGUGCAGGACGCAGUGCAGGAGCAGGAAGAGGAGGAAGAGGAGGAGGAAGUAGUGGCGAUAAAGGCAGACAUAGAGAAGAGGAGGAGGAAGAAGAAGGCAAAGAAGGAGAAGAGGAAGGAGAGGGGGAAACGAAAGGUGAAGGAGAGGGGAGAGGUGAAGGAAGAGUCUGAUGAAGAGUCUGAGCAGAAGAAGAGGCGGGUGGUGGUGGUGAGGCUCGGCCUGCUGAAGGGUCACUCAGAAGUUGGACGAUCCGACCUUUCAGCUCCUUAAGACUUUAUAGACUCAACGGCUCCACUUCCAAUCAGAGAGCAGAACAGAGGCCCCGCCCUCUUCUCUGGGUGAUGUUGCAAGGGAUUCUGUGAAUAGUAGGAGGGCAGUAACUAGAGGAAAACUGUUGAGAGCUUUACUUUAAAUUUUUCAUUUUGUCGUUAAAAUAAAAAUAAAUCAGUUGGAGGCAGAAAUGAGUUGAGUUGUUUCCGGAAAAGCCUCUGAAACACAAAACUGCUCCGCUGACACUGAGACUAACAAUAAAACACUCACAGCUGGUUGAUCGGCAUCGUUUUUAACCUUUGAUGGUCGUGUGUCUCGGGUUAGUUGGAUCCCAAAAUUAACCAACCUUCCUCUUUUGUUCCACCUUCAACAUACGAUGGUAGCAGCUUCUAAAAUGAAUUAUUUCGGAACAUUUUGCUUUGCAGGUCCCAUAAUCUCUGAGAUGUUGUUUUUGAGUCUUAAAGAGGUUUUCUGGGGAGAACUACGCAGUUUGGUUCCAAUUUUUUUGACGCAAGACUAAAAUGAAUCAGACAUUUGUCGUAAAUAAUGUUGUAUUAAUUUGGAAAAAGGCACAAUGUUACACAAACAAUUUCACAAUUUGCAAUAAAAGGUAAUUAUUAUGAUAAUCAAGUUGCAAUUCUUCAAGAAAAGUUCUAUUUUGAGAUUGUUUUGAUUCUCCCAACAGUAACACUACUAAUAAGAGGUUAAUUGUCUUCUUAAAAUGUGUGUACUGUCAGAAUAUGUCUGUAUAGUGAGCACCAAAUUGCUUGUGGUAUUUUUUCCCCACACAACUAUACUUGGUGUAAAUUGUUCAUGUAGAAAGUAUGAUGGGGAGAAAAAGCCAAUUUUUGGCUUCUGGGAGGCUGAGCGCCCCAAACAUGCCUUUUAGAAAAAGCCAUUAACCACCAAUAAAUCUCUGUAGAUGUUAAAUAUCUGACAGUAAUCAGGAGUCAGUUCUGUCCUUAUUGUGUAUCCAGCUGCUGGAUGAGGGAAGUUAUCAGGAGGUGAAAGUGUCUAAAUGUUUAAUCCUGAAUACUUUAUCAAAAGUCACUGCAGCUCUUUCAGUUUAGAGUUCCUCGACAGGACUCAACGUAAAGUUUAUAAACUCACAGGAACAGAAUCUGCGUCUUUUUGUUUGAAAAUGUUUCUGCAAGCUUAGUGGAUGCACAACUGAGAAAAAUAAGAAUUUAUUGCUUUGUUUUCCUUUUUCUUUGUUUCCCGUUUGUUGGUCGUAGUGAACCCAUCAGAACAGAAUCAAGUGUUCAGUAUGCUCGUUUGAAGCGUGCUGAGGCCUCAACGCCGUGUUCAUGUCAUGUUUACAACAACUCAACAUGAUCACAGAAUCGGUUAUGUGAGGGUUAAAAAUACUGUGCAUUGACAAUAUCGCAUUAAAACUUCAAAACAGACUUUGACUUCCAUAUAUUUUGUUUUCAGAAACAUUUAGAUUCUAAACGACUUAGCUUUCAGAAAAAUCUGUUUUUAUUCAUGAAUACGACCUUGAAUGUUAUUUACAUGUUGCACAACUGGUAUUAACGGUAACUCCAACAUGACAUGAACGCAGCAUUAGAGCAAUUCUGAGAAAACAAAAAUAUACGAUCUAUUAAUUUAUGAACAUCGUCAAAAUCUGACUUUUUUUAAAAAGUAUAUAUAUAUUUCUUUCUUUGUCUUUUUAAUGGUUUAUUUUAUAGACCAUAAUUUCCCAAAAUUUUUAGUGAAAGUACUAUAUAUUGUGGCACUAAUUAUAUUAAAAAUAGACACUGUGUUCAGUUGGUGCAUUUCCAAUUAUGGCUAAACUAGCGUGGUUUAAUCUUUUAGUUAAAGCACAGCAGCAGCUGAACGUGGAAGUGAAAUAUGUCUACAGACGUCUAUAAUUAUUACCAGAUCACAUAGUUCUUUCUAGGACAUUUUUAGGAUAUUAAGGGCAAAUAUAAUAAAGUGUUUCUUUAUGAUCCUUUUCUGUUGUGUUCUCUGAAAAAUGACAUUAUUUGUAAAACUGUGGCUGAACUUUUCAAUCCUGGUUAGAAAAUGAUUAAAUGAUAACAGAGACGCUGUAAUAUUGUUUGAUUUUAACGCCGGGUUUGUUCUUUGAUCUUCUCAAAGCUUCUUAAGUAAAUGCUUUUUUUUUCUACGUGUUUGGAGUCGAGGAGGACUGUGACGGUUGUGUUUACUGACUGUUGGUUUUUGGAUCUGAUGUUCAGCCAGUUGAACCUCAGCGAGUCUGAUGCAGAUCGAACUGUAAAAGUUUGCCAAUAAAAAUGUU